CCCAUCAAUAUAUCCAGAAAAAUCCCUUGGACUUGGAAGUGUUUUCAGUGUUGUUUGCUUUCUUUUCGAGAAUCUUACAAUCAAAAAAAGAGAGGGAAAAACAAUGGCGGCCGAGGAGGAGAGCGGAGAGUUUUACCUCCGUUACUACGUAGGGCAUAAAGGGAAAUUUGGGCACGAAUUUUUGGAGUUCGAGUUCAGGCCGGACGGGAAGCUACGAUAUGCUAACAACUCCAACUACAAAAACGACACCAUGAUCCGCAAAGAAGUCUUCCUCACCCCUGCCGUUCUCAAGGAAUGCCGCCGCAUCAUCACCGAGAGCGAGAUCAUGAAGGAAGAUGACAACAACUGGCCAGAACCUGACCGUGUCGGACGGCAGGAGCUCGAGAUUGUGAUGGGGAAUGAGCAUAUUUCUUUCACUACUUCAAAGAUUGGGUCCCUUGUUGAUGUUCAGAGCAGCAAGGAUCCCGAAGGGCUUCGUAUAUUUUAUUAUCUGGUUCAGGACUUGAAGUGCUUUGUGUUCUCUCUUAUCUCGCUCCACUUCAAGAUCAAGCCUAUUUGAAGAUUGAUAAUCCUCUUCCAUGCAGAGGUGUCACAAGGGCUGUUUUCACUGUUCCUGCUAUUGGUAUAGCUUCCAUUUUGCUUUUAAUUAAUUUAAAUGGUUAAGCUAAGGGUAUGUUUGUAGGAGUGAUUACAGUGAUUUUGGAACUUUGGGGGGAAAUGUAGGUCUGAAAUGGAAAUUUCUGGCAUUUAGGUAUAUUAAAGCCUUUUUCUCCAUUGACUAUUUAGGUAUAUUCCUUGAAUUAUUAUCAUGAAUUAACUUUUUAAUCUAAAACUUUUUGAGCUA